AAACAAAACGAAAUUUUUAAAAACCAAAAGUUACCUUGACGAAUUUAUCGAAUUUUAAAUGAAUUUAAGUGUUUUUUAGUAUCAAAAAUGACAAAUUUACAAGAAAAAAUCUUCACUAACGACGAAGUCAUCAAGAAAGUUUCUCUCUACAUAAAUCGCGAAAUCGACAAAAAAGAAAUUAUGAUGAAAUCUUUUCUCAAAGUUUUGCUUGCGGAAAGCCUUCAAAUGGAAAUUCACAAGCUAAAAAAUAUAGAAAGGCAAGAAUUGUACCGAGAAACUGCGAAAUUAAUCGCUCAAUAUCGAGUAGGAAGCGGAAAUGAGCGAACUUGGUCUGCGUUUUCGUGUCAUUUGAUUAAUUCCUUGAAAAAUCACAAGUUGGGAGUGAAGCUUUUUUGUGAAAUGCCUCCGAAUGUUCCUGAAAAAUCUGAAAAAGAAGCAGAAAAUGAAGUUUUAAAGACUGACGUGUCGAAAAAUGAAGCGAUGAAAGAGAAUUUAACAAAUUCAGAGACAGAACCUGCGAUAAAAAGAGAAAUUUUAACGACUGAAGUACCUUCGGAAGUAGUUCAAGAAACUCAAAUGGUGCAAAUUCCCCCAGAAAUUGUUCAUGAAAUUGAAAAAAUUUUCAUAAAAGAGGAGAAAAUGGAUGUUGACGAGAAAAAAGUUGAUUCGACGAACACAAAAACGUCUCAAAAUCAACUUGAGGAGGAAAAAAGUUCAAUUUUUGAAGAAGGGAGUUCAAGAAAAAAUCGAAUUUCAUCCAUAGAAUCAAAUUUAUCAACAGCUUCGAGUAAAAAAUCUCAAAAAAAUGACGAAAUUGGUACGGAAAAGCAACUUUUGGAGUCCAAAAGAGACGAAACUCCUCCUAAAACGACAGAAAAUGAAGAAAAUUUCAUCACAAAAAAUCAAAAAUUGAGAAAUAGCAGAAAUUUGUCAACAGAAUCUAAUAUUUCAACAUCUUCGAGCAAAAAAUCUCACAAAAAUGAUCAUCAAAUUACCGAACCUCAUCAAGAAAAUGAUGAAAAUCCAAUGACUUCCAAGCGAAAAAUGAGAAAAAGUCGAAAUAUUUCCAUUGAAUCGACUUCUUCGACAACUUCCAACAGACAAACUCGUUCAAGGUCCUCCAUUUCCAAGGAACUAGACGAAGUAGAGUCAAAAACUCCUCAAAGACGGAACCGAAGAUCAACAAAUAGCGUCACAGAGUCAAACAUUUCGACUGAAAAUGCUUCCGUCACAUCUGAAAACUCAAUUUUGGACCAAAAAACUGAGACUGAAGUAAUAACUCCCCAAAGAAAAGGUCGAAAAUCGAAAAAUUCUGAGAUCUCGAAUGUCAACGAGAAGAAAAAGACCAAAAAAAUUAGCAAAAAAAUGAUUUACAAUGUCGAAAACUUACUUUUGCACAACAAUCCAAAGCUGAAACUCGCCUUAAACUGUUCCGUCAACAAAAUUUGUAAUUAUUCGUUCUCACUUCAUUCCAAAACUUUGAGUCUCGAGAUGCAUCCGAACCCUCCGAACAAAGGAACGCAACUAAUUCCCAUCACAGAUGUCGAUAUCAGCAAAUUACUUUACUGGCCAGGCGUUGGAAUUCGUCUCAGCUUACCUGAAAUCGAGAUUUUUCGGUUUUGCGCUUCGAAUGCGACACAAAAUUUGAUUCCUCCGUUUUUGGAAAUCGCCGAAGAUUCUUUCGAGCAUACAAGGGAGAACGAUUUGGGCUGUUUUAAGUCAUUCAAUAACGAAGGAGCUGAUUUAUCAACAUUUGUCGUCGAGUAUUACUUGGAAUUUAUUAUUGCGGCGAGCAAAGUCAGCAACUUUUCGAAGCAACAAGAGCUUGAAACUGUGAUAAAAACAUUUUUAGAGGAUUUAAAGAGACUUCCCUUUUAUCGUUUGAAGACUGAAUUUUCCUUUUUUUGUGCCUCCAACAAGUAUUAUCGGGAUUUCGAAGGACAAACUGCAGAAAAUGACGAUCGAGAGUCCCUGAAUUUGCGUGAAAUUUAUAAUCCGGAAGUCGUGAUUUGCAUCAAAAGAUGCAGUUUUGAGAAAAAUGCUGAAAUUGACACGGAAGCCAUGAAUGAAUACUUCAAAAAAAUUAUUUUAGAUAAAAAUCCGGAAGAAAUUGAGAAAUUUAAUAAUAUGUUGAAUCAAGGAUUUGCAUUGCAAGAUCUCGAUUGUGCGGAUAAGAAAUUUACGGGACCUUUGAAAGUUACUUUACUGUGCGAUCAUUUGGGAAUGAUACCCGAUAAAGAAUUUUAUUGUGUUAAAUGUAUGUUUUUCGGAAAAAUUGGAGAUCUGGCAGAAAGGAAAUGGGUUCAUGAGUGCCAAAAAUUUUAAUUUUUUUAAUGUUUUUAGAGAAAUUUUUUAAAUGUUUAAAAUAAAAAUUAAUAAAAAAAAAAUAAAAUAUUUU